GCAAAAUAUCAAGCAAACACGAAUACUAGUUAGCAACAGUCAACAACAACGUUACUCAACCCUUACCAUUCUCUCUCUCUCUCUCUCUGUCACUCUAUAUUCUCUCGUUCUCGACGAUUUCUUAAAAUAAACUUCAAAUCGUACCCUUCUUUAUAACAUUAUUCGUACCUCCUCCUCUCUCAAAAUCACUGUCAUAAUCAUCAAAACAACCCUCUCCAAUCUCUCCUUGAAGAAGAAGAACCACCAACCAUGGAAGAGGUAUGGAAAGACAUCAAUCUCGCUUCCUUGAAUGAACAAAACGCUCGACCCAUUACUACCCGUUCCACUUUUGGAGGUGUUAUCGUCCAAGACUUUCUGGGUCGACCCUUCAGCAUAGACCCACCAAACAGCAUGGUCUCUUCUUCUUCUUCUUCUCCUUCUUCAGAAAGGGCUUCUCUUUAUUGCUCUGCCUCACCGACCCCACCACCCCCCGUCACUGCUCUUAGCUUGAACUCUCGCCCUGAGUUCCAUUUCGAUCCUCUUAGACCCCAAAACUCGCAACCUAUGAACCUCCAUCACCCUCCUUCAAUGGUAUCUUCUUUCAGCAAUAACACAUCCUCAUUUGAAAGCCUCUCCAACCCUUCCUCUUUGCACUGUUUUGGAACCACGAGGUUUGCAGAACCUGCUGAUACCAGCCUCGGUGACAGGCGCCAUAAGCGUAUGAUAAAGAAUCGUGAGUCUGCUGCACGAUCACGAGCUAGAAAACAGGAAAAUAUUGCUUACACGAAUGAGUUGCAGCUUAAAGUUAAACACUUGCUAGAAGAGAAUGCAAGGCUCAAAAGACAGCAACAGUUGAGUGAACCCGCAGCCAGUAAUCAGCAAAAGAAGAAGAGCAACCUAUAUAGAGCAUCUACGGCUCCAUUUUGAGAAGAAUCUAUUAGCACACACUCGUUUAAUCAGUCCACCCAAAUGCUCCUGAAAAUCGCAACCUUUUGAGAGUGUUUGAUGAUGUAAUAUGGUUUUUAUUGUAUAUCUGGGUUUGUGGUUGUGACUCUUCCACGUUUAAAUCUGUCUUAUAUUGACAGUUAUUUGGAGAAUAUGUAUGAGGAGAAGGUGCUUUUGCAUUCCCUGUAGGGACGGACCUCAACAA